CGAAGUGUCGCGCCCCACUCGGCUGCCUCCUGCUUGCGUGACUUCUGCACAGGCGAUCGACGCCAAACAGACAGCAGGCAGCGUGUCCCUUAAGAGCCGCAAUCGUCACGCCCUCCUGUCCUACCUCAACUCCGCCGAGUCUACGCCUCCCACACACCAUGACGCGCAAGGAGGUCUACGCCGUGGGCCUGGUGUUCACGCUAGUGUGCACUGCGAUGACAGUCGCCAGUAUUGCCUCGCCGAGGUGGAUAUCGUACCGUCCAAAUGGCGAACGAGAAUACUCAUACGGCCUGCACUCGCGCUGCUCGGCCAAGACUGGGCACUGCGUGCCCUUCCCUCGCACCACCGACUGCGACAAAGACGCUUCAUUCUGCAACAUGUGGCGCACCGUCGGCUUCCUGAUGAGCUUUGGUGUGGUCGUUGAGCUGUGCACGCUGGUCAGCUUCGUGGUCAUUGUGGCUGGCGGCGUGCAGAGGAGAGUGCAGGGCUGGGGUGUUGUGGUGGGUGUUUUGGUAUUCAGCGCCCUCAUUCAGGGCGCUGGUAUGGCUAUUGUGUCAUACGUCUUCGAUCACGACGCACGAUUUUUCUCAGGAUUCCUACUCGACUCCUCCUGGUCUAUGUGCACCGCAUCCUGGACACUUCUCGUUCUCACAGCGCUGGGCAUCACCGCAUCAGCGUACUACCUGCCUAUAGAGGGCGAUUACGAGCUCAUCCCAGAAAUGGACAUCGAGCCUGACGACCAACUCCUUUCCCGUGUCGCAGCCUGGGACAACGGCUACAAGCACAUCGGCUUCCAAUACACCAACGACCCUCCCGAACGAGACCCCGACAUGAUGAGCAUUGCCUCGUUCCAGAGCAGACAGAGCAUAUCGAAUUCCGUACGAUCGCCCUCGAUGUCGCGGCCGACGCGGUAGUUGACCUACCCCGGCCCAGUUCGCCUUGACGAGAUAUUAUUAUCACUUGCAUGAGAUUGUAAUGGCGGUUUUCUUCUAGCAUAACGGCGGAAUGACUGCGUUUGAGCGUUGUUUGGCGCUGGGUGCGUUUUCUGCAGCGGACUGAUUGGGCGCGUUGCUAUUGUUAUGCCGGGUUUUGCAUGUUCGCUUCCUAAUGAUACCCCUCUGCUACUCUUCCUGGUGGUUUUGGGCAAGCGGCUGAAUGUUUGGUACGUACUACAAGCGUGGAGUUGCAAUCGACCGCAUUUU